AUGACCGAGAGAACGAGGAUCGAAGAGCUUGAGAGGCUUUUACGAGAAGCUGAGCUACGUGCCGAGUUGGCAGAUAGGCAACGGCUAGAGGAGCGACAACGCGCUGAGAGAGAAGAACAACGCGCUGAAACUGCAGAAGAGCAGACCCGUCGCACAACGUUGGACGAAUACAUCGCGGCUUGCCAUGGUCUUGUGUUCUCGAAAUUCGCGGUCGAAACCGAGAAAUCGCUCACAUCCAAAGGCUCCAUCACAAACCCCAGGAAUGAGAAAUCCCUCACAUCCAAAGGCUCCAUCACAAACCCCAGGAAUAAACUAUGUCCAACAAGUCUCCAACCGUGGUCAGACUUCCUAGAGCAACAGAGGAUCGCCUCUGGCGUACUCUACGACGCGUUUCCCACGGAGACGCGACUCUUCGAAUCUCGGAACUUCCUGUCCGGCCUUGGACACAGGAUUUCCCAGCGGCCGAUCGCGAACGAGAAGGACCUGGAGUACUUCCUUCAUAACAGCGUGGAGGAUCCAGUUAGAUCCAUUCUGCAUCAGCUCAAAGAGGUGGAAGAAAUUCAAGCCGUUUAUGGGAUUGGAGGAGGCAUCAUAUUCGAAAAUCACCUCAAUGCCAUAAGCGAUGUAUCACCGGAGGUCGUUGACCGUCGUACAACCAACGAGCUCUUUUUCAUCUUUAGAUUGUGUCUCAAGCUAUAA